AUGGAAAAUACCAAUCGGUACAUUCAGGAUGUUAAUCCUCUGUGCUUAAUUUCGUGGUCAAAGAAUGGCUUUAUUGUUUAUGUUCCUCCAGUAAAGACAUUUGAAUACAAUUUACUUUUGACAUAUCUUGAAAAUAAGGAUGGUGAAAACUGGUCAUUAGCAGAGCCACAGCCGAUAAACGUAAAGCUUGCCAAUAGCUUUCUACCCGAGAUAUCGCUUGUAUCAUGGAGCAUGUUGAAUACGAAUCUUGCUGUAUCUGACGUUUAUGGGAACUUUUAUAUCUUAUUAGCGGGAGUUCGUUUGUUGGAGACAAAGGACUCUUCUCCCAGUUACGAGUUGACAUCUUAUAACCAUAUGGAAAUGAUUUAUCGCGAUAUAAUAAACCAGGAUAUCAACUCUCCUAUCAAUCCCGGAGCAUUGAUUGUUUCGUUCAAAUGGCUAAAUAUAGAGAAAUCUCAAAUAUUGAAUAAACCAGCCUCGUUGGUCAAUUUGGAAGAAUCUUAUUUGUACAACUACGGAAUGAGCCAAUAUGCCCCCCACGGAAUAUCACACCCUAUACCCACAAAACAAGCUUGUGUUGCAUUGAGAAAAAACGGAGUGUUUAUGUUGUAUUACCAAGGAGAACACAAAGUGGAGUAUCAUAAAACAUUCUUGACCUUAAGUCUGGACCCGUUACUCAUAGACAAGGCAUCAAUUGGGUUCACAAACGAUAAGGAGAUAAUUGUAACUAUAUGGGACUCGCUAUCGGAUGAUAUAAUUACAUAUUCAAUAACUAUUGAUUGGGGAUUUCUAAUUGAAUCGGCAAAGAGUCAAAAGACUGACCCCCACUAUCAUACCCCAAAGGAAAAUCAAAAAUUGCCUACUUUGAAAUUGCAAAAGAUUCAUCAAAUGAAACCAAUUCCAGAAUUUACAAAUGAACACAGAAACGAGUUGACUUCAAUUGACAUUGUGUCUGCUAAUGCAGAUAAGGAGUCCAAGUUGAGUAUAUUAAUAAGCUACGGAUCUACAAUAUUUAGGUAUCAAUUGGUCAAUAUGGGGGAUCUAUUAUCGGACGCGUUUAUCCGCUUAAGGAAAACAACAGAAAGCGCAGCAGUGACAGAAGAAGAGAAAGUUCAAGCAAAGUCGAUUGAGUUUAUGGAUAAACUAACGCGACCGGGCCAAAUCCAAUCUAUAGUGAAUGGGCCAUCCGAUUUGUACACUCUUGUAAUGUAUCAGAGCGGCCACAUUGAUGUCAUUGACAAUAAGACAUUGAAAAUUCUAAACACAGAAAGGGAGUUUCCGCCUGCUACUAUAUCCACAAUGUUUGAUAUCGGAUACACGUUUCCAGCAAUAGAUCAUACAAAUCUGUUGAUUAUGGCAGUAUCACCGAAUAUGACCUUGCUUGUUUAUACUGAAAUGUACGGUGACAACACCAAUCUAAUAUUAAAGCCUAUCGAAAAAGUACGCAAUUUGAGUUUUCAACCAAAGGAGCUUUUUGCUACGACUGUUGCUUUUGCCUUUAUACAUGCUUAUGCAUGCUAUACAAGCAUCUGCUCCAACGACUUGGUCAUCUUGAUACAAUCUGAGAUUGACAGAUUGAGACGCCUACUUUUAGAGCAGACGCCCGUUAAGAAUGUUAAUCUAAUAAUUCAAAAAUUUGUUGAGUCUAUCAUUAGUGAAUCCCACAAGUCCAUGAAUUUCCAACUUGAUGCUUUUGGUAAAGAAUCUGUUGAUAAGCUACUAUCCAAUCCCCCUUUGCAAAAAUUGCUCUCUUUGCAGUUAACCAUUGGAGAAGCUCAAGGUUACUCAACAAUGAGGAAUAUUGCAUGGAUAGUAUUGAAUUUGAGGAGCAUCAAUUUUGCCAUAAUGUUUUCCUUAUCAAGUAUUUAUCGACAAAUAUCGAGAAAGAAACCAAGUGAAGACACAAUGCAAGAUUCAAUAACUCGUGCAGAAUGUAUCUUGUCUCUAAUUGGUAAUAUUAAAUGGUUAAUCGACCUCAUGACUUAUUUCAACCAAGAACUACUACGAUUAUCUUUUCAAAACGAGAGCAACAAGCUUGAUACAUCAAAUUCAGUAGUGAUACCUGUUAUAUUGAGUAAACUCCCGCGACUAUUUCUCAUGUAUGCCAUCACAUCAAUGGGUAAAACACAUGAGAUAUUGAAAAAGUUACACAAGGAUUUGGCAGAAAGUAACAAACUUUUGACACCAAUGAAAGACUCGUUGAAUAGAUAUUUUACCAUUGUCAACAAUGCCCCGAUUACAUUAAACUUGUUUGAAAACUAUCUACGUGAAUGCGAUGCUUUGAUAUCCAAGGAAACAUUGAGAUUCUCCGAUAAGGAAAAAGGGUACUCCUUGAAAGUGGAGCAAAAAUUGAUCUUGGGAGAUGUUUCUGAAGUUAAGCACGUUGCAAAAUUGAUUGUUGAUAGAUAUACUAUAAAUGUGACAAAGGAAAUAAAACUUUCUGAGCUAUUUUUCUACAAUACACAAUGGUUGGGUUUGGGUCCUUACAAGAGUGGUGGUAAUGUUGAGAAAAAAGUAGAAAUAGAUGCCUUAAGGAAAAUAGAUAUUUUUGACGAAAAAGUCAGAAGGUGUACCAGAUGUGGAUCCAUUUCAUUGGUUAGUGAUUUAUUGGUUUACGAACCAACAACUAUCGGUUUGUGGACAAUGGUUUUCCAAAGAACGUGUAUUUGUGGCAACGCAUGGGUGAAUAAGUAG